AUGCAGGUGGCACCCGAGAACCCUUUGCGCAGUCCACUCAUAGCCGACUCCAGAGGUAUGGCUGUCGCUGGAUUUUGCUCCUAUGCCAUGAUGCUAGCUCCUGGGAGAUUAAUGAUGUUCCCCACCCCAGGAGCUGGCAUGCUGUUGUUUGAUGGCGGUAUCGGCACGGCCAGCCUGCUGCACAUGUAG